UUCUUUUUAUCUUAUCCGGGUUGCAUAUAAUGGUAUAGUGAAAAUUAUGCCUACACACACCUGCAACCUUUGUGAGAUAACAAAAGAAAAACAAAUGUUUCAACUGCAAUUUUUUUUUACACGGUAAAAAAAAUUGUAUAUCGCAUAGUACACAUCGUUUUACCUGAGCGCCAAGCAAGCCGUUGACCAAUUGCGAUGGGAUUUUCGCUAGAAAAUGCACGUGUAACCAAUAAAGCGACUAUUUUUGUAAACAAUUGCAAAUGACUGUGCAGCCAAAUAAAAAUAGAACGAGAGAGAGCAUGGAAAAAGAAAUGACCACUGAUAUAUACAUAUAAAUUAAGAAAUGCAAAAACAAAAAAAAAAUAAAAUAAAUUGGUUAAACUGCUUGUUGAGCACAUGCACACAAAGAGAGAGUGCACUUAGCAGUACUGCAGCACCGCAAUAGACCAGCUGACGAAGGGCCGCGUUAGCGUGCAUUACCUCGCUCAACGUCAAGUGCAUGCUACAUUAUUGAGAUAACUGCACAUACCUAUAUGCUAUACACACCUAUCUUUAUAGAAUAUAUAUGGUUUGCGAACAGCGGCACUUGCUAUUUACCUAGAAAAUUUACACUUGCAGCAGCGUGUGGGAGCAUGCAUGCUUGCUCUCUUGUGCUCAGCGCGUUGCAUUGAAGAAUUGCUCUAUAAAUUUGGCAUACAUUUUGCCUCUUUGAGACGAAACUUUCAAUUUCAUUCAUGCACAAAGCAUCUUUUCUCCAACAUCAUUCGCAUUUUCCGCCGCUUUUUCACAAUUCGGUUUUCAGUUGGAUCCACGCUGUCGUCGCGUUAAAACAUAGGCGACUUACGUAGCAGCGUACGUGUGCGACAGACAUUUGGUUGGGCCAGCUAAAGCAAGCUUCUUGAAGCCGUUUGUACGCGUCUUACGUUGCCAUACGCGCACAGUACGUGAACGCAAGCAGAACAGCCGCCGUGAGUCUUGUCGCCACGUGUUAAUCGUCGAUGAAAUAAAGCAAAGCAAUUAUAAAAAAAUUUAAAGAUAAAGUUUUUCAAAAUGUGUUAGUGUUUCAUAAAUGUUUUGCUUUUAAUUAAUAUUUAAUUUUCUAUUGAGAAAGCAACAGUUAGCUAAGUGUUUAUUAAAUAAACUUAAGUGCCGAAGCGGUGAUAAACAGUGAAAUUUAAUUGCGUCAUUAACAAUGGAUUUCGAUCAAAUAUUGGAGGAAAUCGGCGAGUUCGGUCGAUAUCAGAAGACCAACUAUCUGCUCAUCUGUUUGCCGGUAAUGUUUGCGGCAGCGAACAGUUUAUCAUAUGUGUUUACCGCUGGGACGCCGGCUUACAGAUGCCUGAUACCACAAUGUGAUGAUCCCGUCUUGCCUCAACUACACGCACAUUGGUUGACCAAUGCGACACCGGGCUCAUAUGAUAAACAAGGACAUUUCACACCGGAAAAUUGCUAUCGCUAUAAAGCAAUCGACAGCAACAUAACCAACGAAAGUCAUGUCAGAGAAUGUCCGAAGGAUGCAUUCAAUCAAAACAUACGCGAGCGAUGCAACUCGUGGGUAUAUGACGAUGAGGAGCGAACAAUUGUGCAAGAAUGGCAACUGACUUGUAAAGAAAACGUUUGGAAGCUCGCUUUUGUAGGCACUAUGCAUUUUGCGGGACUCGUUGUGGGUACAGCAAUCUCCGGAUAUCUAGCCGAUCGCUUUGGACGGAAGAAUAUUUUCAUACUCUGUAGCGUCUUCAUGGCCAUCACAGGCAUUGCACAGGGUCUCGCAUGGGACUACAAUAGCUUCUUAGUUUUCGCAUUUCUCAAUGCAGUCGGCACUUCGGGUGUAUACCCAUUAGCAUUCAUUAUAGGUGUGGAAAUGGUGGGGCCCAGCAUGCGUGAGAUGUCCUCGAUAGUGCUUAACUACUUCUAUGCCGUUGGUGAAGCGCUGGUGGGCGCAACCGCUUGGCUACUGCAGGACUGGCAGCUACUACAAUACGCGCUGUCGGUGCCGCCGCUUUUCUUCAUAGUCUACUAUUGGUUCGUGCCGGAAUCGGUGCGUUGGCUGAUCGCGCGAAAUGAGCGUGAAAAGGCGGGUGUGAUCAUAAAACGCGCUGCAGCCAUCAAUAAACGUGAACUCUCGCUGCAACUGUUGGCCAGUUUCAAGACCGAGAAUUGUGUACCGCCACCAAUGCCGACGAAAUCGACGGAUAACGGUGCGGAUUCGGAGAAGUUGCGAGAAAAUGGAGUUGAUGGUAAAAAUGAAAUUUGGCGAGCGGUCUGUGAUAUAUUCAAGUCAAAAACUUUACUGUUACGUUACGCUAUAAUGCUUUAUAUAUGGGCCAUAAAUGCGGUUGUUUUCUAUGGACUCUCAUUGAAUUCUACAAAUCUGAGUGGAAAUAAAUAUUUGAAUUUCGUUUUAGUUUGUCUGAUCGAGAUUCCCGGUUACACGCUCGCUUGGGUGAGUUAUUUAUCUAAAGUACAGUUAUUCUGCAUUUUUUCAGCACACUUAAUUUUUUUUUUUCGUUUCUUUUAUAUGCAGAUAUCCUUGCGAAAGUUGGGUCGACGUUGCGCACUGUCAGGCUCACUCUUUCUUUGUGCCGCCACUUGUAUAGCGGGCGGUUACAUAACUAAAGGUUCAACUGGCGCUAUAGUGACCCUAUUCCUAAUUGGAAAGUUAGGGAUCACAUCUUCAUUUGCUGUAAUUUAUACAUACACAGCCGAAAUGAUGCCAACGUUAAUACGUAGUGGCGGCGUCGGUGUUAUGUCUACCUUUGCCCGAUUUGGCGCAAUGCUCGCCCCUUUUGUACCGCUUUUGGGAACAUAUUACGAAGCCUUACCGCUAUUACUAUUCGGAGCUGCAUCCUUCUCAGCAGGUCUUUUGGGGUUGUUGCUACCAGAAACAUUUCGAAAGAAACUACCUGAUACGGUCGCUGAGGCAAAACAACUGAGCAAAGGCAAGUCUGAUAAGAAACCAGACGCUGCAGAUGUAUCGGAAGAGCAAGUCGUUGUGGCUAUUAAUGCUGACAGUGGCGAUGAAAUGCAACCCAAGUAUACAGCGCGACAGCCUGAACCGUAAAUGUGGCUUUAUUUAUUCUAAUUUAUUUCUAAGAGCAGCUUUUAUAUUAAAAAUUUUUAUGUAUGAAACACAGCAUAUUACCAUAUAUGUAAAAAGUACAUAUGUAUGUAUGUACUAUAUACAAAACCACAGCUUUAGUGCUUGUUGUGCUAUAUUUUGCACUAUCGACGUAUUGAAGCAAAAAUUAUAAUUAAAAGUGGUUUUUUAAGAUUUUUGUAUGUAAGUAAAAAUAUAUGUACCUAUUUUUGUAUGUCAGUAAAAAUAUAUGUACCUAUUUUUGUAGUUAUUAUAGUAAAACUAUAUAUAUUUAUUAUAAGUCAGCUUUUUCGGCAAGCUAGUACAAUAGUAUGUAAUAAAAAAUGCUUACAAAAAUUUUUGUAUACUUACAUAUAUUCACAUAUAUAUGAUACUUAUGUAUGUACAUCGCAUGCAUACAAUAAAAACAAAUUCAAAUAUUUUUUAAAUUUAUUUUAAC